GUAGUGAGUUUGAGAAUAAAUUUUUGAGUUGGAGAUGAUGAGAUAGGAAAUCUAAUGUGGUAGACGGUGAUUGAUCCAAAUCACAGUUCCCGGUACUGGACAAUCUUUCAAACCUCAAAAGACCACACCAAAAAGGGAAAAGAAAAAAACGAAGAUAAUUAUUUAAAGGACAAAUAUCAGUACAUCACUUCCAUAUCGUUCUUGGUAAAAUUUAGAGGUGAAGGGAUUACUAGUGAAACGCAAAGGCACUCUUCCGGAAGGUGCUGAUAAAUCCAUCAAAUGCUGGAGGAUAUGGUCUCUGUAGAAGCUUAGGUAUCAAUCAAUACAUUGGUGGUGAAACUUGCAAAAAAAAUGGGUCUCUUGGACCUAUUUAUAGCUUCAACUAUUCCUGUAGUGAAAGUGCUUUUGGUGACUGGACUCGGAUCUUAUCUUGCUCUAGAUCACGUCAGCAUUCUGGUUCAGGAUGCUAGAAAGCAUUUGAAUAAUAUUACCUUCUUUGUGUUCAAUCCUGCACUUGUCUCUAGCAACUUAGCCAAGACAAUAACAUAUGACAGCAUGGUUAAGAUGUGGUUCAUGCCUUUUAAUAUCCUCUUCACGUUCAUAAUUGGCUCCAUUUUUGGCAACUUAGGAAACCUCCCUCUGAUUAUAAUCCCUGCAGUUUGUAAAGAGAGAGCGAGCCCUUUUGGAGAUCCUGAUGUUUGUCGCACUAAUGGAAUGGGCUAUGCUUCACUUUCAAUGGCAAUAGGCGCAAUUUAUCUGUGGUCAUAUGUAUAUAAUGUAGUUAGAGUCUCUACAAUAAACUCAAUGGAAGUUGAAAUAGUGGACUCUCCUGUGAGUAAGUCCCGAAGAGAAGGGUCAUCUGCUGGAUCAGCCAGUAAUGGGGCAAGAGAACCUUUACUUGAUUCAAGCGAUGAAGAGAGUGAAAUUAUACUUACUUUGCCACCAGAUAGGUUUGGGAAUAGACUACAGGUGUCCUUUUUAGAUAAAGUGAAAGAAUGCUUGGAGAAGCUCUUCAAAAAGAUGAACCUGAAGAAAUUAUUUGCACCUUCGACAACAGGAGCGAUUGUUGGGUUUGCAGUCGGACUUGUUCCUCAAAUUCGACAACUGCUAAUUGGUGAUGCUGCCCCUCUUCGUGUACUCCAAGAUACUGCUCUGUUCCUUGGGGAUGCUGCUGUUCCAUCUAUCACACUGAUCGUGGGUGGGAACCUUUUGAAAGGUCUGAAAGGUACAACAAUUCAGAAGUCCAUUAUUUUCGGCAUCCUAGGUGUUCGAUACGUUGUCAUGCCUCUGCUAGGCAUUGUCAUUGUUAAAGGGGCAGUCCGUUUUGGUUUUGUGCACGAUGAUCCUCUUUAUCAAUUUGUCCUGCUGCUGCAAUUUUCACUUCCACCAGCAAUGAACAUAGGAACAAUAACUCAACUGUUUGGUAUGGGGGAGAAUGAAUGCUCUGUGAUUAUGCUGUGGUGUUAUUCAGUGGCUUCUGUGGCUUUAACACUCUGGUCAACAUACUUUCUGUGGCUUGUGUCCUGAAACUCAAUAUAAGUGUUCUGUCGAUCACCACAAGUCACGACUAAGGCUAUUUGGACGGGUGCAUGGUGACUGAUGCAAAUUUUUGGCUUUAAGGGAACAAAAGAAAAAGACAAUUCGGGAUUCUGCAUUUUCAGAAAGAUCAAAGUUGGCACAAACAACUAUUCAGAGUUUCAUAUUGGGGAAAAUUUUGUUCCUUAGAUGUUUAUUUCAUUUAUUUGUUUGUAAUUAAAGUUCACCAGGAGUCUUAGUAAACCUUUCCUUGUGGACUGCAUUCAGUUUAUUGUGAAGUCCUGUAGAGGAGAGGAGAUUAUUUUCAAAUUCUUAGAACCGGCUUGUUUAUUCUGUAGCUUCAUCUUUUGAGAUGUGUGAGAUAUAAUGUGGUAAAGAAACAAAAGGUGAAAUUGAAUAAUGGGGGAAAAAAGGAAGUCCAAGGAUACAGGGAUAUUUUCAUUUUUUGUGUACUUGAGAUUUGACAAUACUAGGUGGAUAUGAGGAACCCUCAAGAUGUUGAGAAUGAAUAUUUGAAUUACAUAUCUUGAACAGUGAAAAGGACAAGAAAAUGAGAUUGAGUUGUAUCAAUUUGUGAUUUCAUUCAAUUUACAUAUCUUGAACAAUGAAAAAAAAAAGAAAAAGAAAAA